AUGGAUGCCAAUCGCACUAAGGUCACUCGGCCGGAAACGAUGUUUUUCCCCACGAUAGCCAAUUCCGGUGGCAAUGAUAGUGUGUCCACCGGACCUAUAGAGCGGACGAAAGAAGCAGCUGCUCUAACCACCCUCACCAAGUCCAACCCAACCACCCUCCCUAAAGCCAAACUCCCGACCAAGCCGUUGGUCACAUUUCGGAAGCGAAAGCGAAUUUCAGAAACACCAACUUCCAGUCUCUAG